AUGGUACGCUCUAAAGCAAAACCCAGUGGGAGCAGCAGCCAGAAUUCAGACAAUCAAGAUGCAAGUGACAAAGAUAUUGAUGGGCUAACAAAUUUGAAUAAUCUAAACAAAAGUCGUCGGCGUGAUACCUCGGCAAGGAGCAGAGAAGACAACACGAGCCGUAGCCGAUCUAAACCUACGCCUAUAAUAGGUGAAGACUUGUUAAAAGCCGAAAGUAGUUCAGAAGCGUCCGAUGUCGGAGAUAACGAAAUAGUACAAGAUCUACCUGCAAUGACAUUGACAGGAUUAAAUGGAGAUCACAUGGCUAAAGACGACUUGCUCGGCGAAACUGAUUCUUCCGUAUCACACAACGAUAAAGAACAAUCGGAGGGGGAGAAUGCUGAUAACACAGAUGAAGAUGAGAAUGUAAAAUCGAAACGUCGCAAAGCUCAAGCAAUAUCUUCUGACUCUGAGAGUGGUGCCAAUCCUCGCAAGAUGAAACUGGAAGACAAAAUGAGUGAUUUUGAAGAUUCCGAGGACGAAAGUUCUGAAGCGGGCAAGAAGACUAAACGUAAGAAGAAGGCUAGUGACAGUGAUGCAUCUUCGGAUUCUAUAGAAGGUCAAAAGAAACGUCGUCGUAUUAAGAUAGUGAAUGAAAGUGAUGGAUCAGGAUCUGAUACAGAGAAUGAAGGAAGGAAUAAACAUGGCAGAAAGAAUAUACGUAAGGUAAUGGGUAAAAAUCAAUUGGAAGAGGCAACAAAGAAAGCGGCACGUGAAGAAAAAGAAAGGAUUGCACGAAUUACGGAAAGACAAAAAUUGUAUAAUAAUCUGGAUUUUGAUGAAUCUGGGAAGCCCGAUGAAGUAGUUUUGGAGAAAGUAGUGCUGGACUUUGACCCUGAAACCAAGGAACCUUUGAUUCAAGUCGAUAGAGGACUUGUGAAAAAAUUAAAACCUCAUCAGGCAAAUGGUAUCAAAUUUAUGUGGGAUGCAUGCUUUGAAAGUGUAAAACGAAUCAAGAAAGACAAGGGCUCUGGUUGCAUUCUUGCACAUUGCAUGGGUCUAGGAAAGACUUUACAGGUUAUCUCAUUAACACACACUCUGCUUAUCCACGGCAAGUUAACCGGCGUGAAUAGAGUACUAGUAGUGUGUCCACUAUCCACAGUACUCAACUGGGUUAACGAGUUUCGUAUGUGGCUAAAACACGCUGAGACAGAGUUCGAAGUUGACGUCUAUGAACUCUCCAGGUAUAAACAGAAUUCGGAACGCGCCUUCCAACUACAGCAAUGGUUCGAGGGUGGGGGUGUCUGCGUGUUGGGUUACGAAAUGUUCCGCAAUCUCUCUGCUGAUAACAAUAAGAAGUUUAAAAAGAAAAUGCUCAAGAGUUUCCAAGAAAGCCUUGUUGAACCAGGACCUGAUUUGGUAGUGUGUGACGAGGGCCACUUGCUAAAGAAUGAAAAGACCAGUUUAUCACAAUCAAUGAAUAAGGUGAAGACGUUACGUCGAAUCGUACUUACUGGUACACCACUGCAGAACAACUUAAAAGAAUAUUAUUGUAUGGUCCAGUUCGUAAAGCCAAACCUCUUGGGAAAGUACAACGAAUACUUAAACAGAUUUGUGAACCCCAUCACUAACGGACAAUACACAGAUUCUACUGAACACGAUAUUCGUGUCAUGAAGCGACGGAGCCAUGUGCUCCAUAAGAUGUUGGAUGGAGCUGUGCAGAGGAGAGACUAUGGGGUGCUGGCGCCUUUCUUGCCUCCGAAGCACGAAUACGUAUUGUUCAUUACACUGACUGAAGUGCAAGUUAAACUAUACCAGCACUAUUUAGAAAACUAUUCUAGAAGACCUUUACCUGGGAAAUCGUCAGGAUUUCUUUUUCCGGACUUCCAAUCUUUGCAGAGGAUAUGGACGCAUCCACUUGUGCUAAAGUAUAAUUCAGAAAGAUAUGAAAUAAUGCAACAAAAAAAGAGGGAGAGAGAAGAAGAAGACUCAGAAGGAUCAUUAGUCGAUUUUAUAGAUGAUGAUUCUACACCAGAUGAAAGUUCAACAGAAGAAUCCUCGGAUGAUCUAUCAGAUUUGAGUGAUGAUAGCCGAAAAAAGACUAAAAAGAAGAAGACUUCUAAAAAAGGCAAGGGCAAGGACUCAAAGGCCUCAACUCGUCGAGGGACUAGAGCUAAUCCAGUAGAAAUUGAGGACGAAGAUAAUGGGGCUGACGACGUAGUGGAAGUAAAGUACGAGAACCCCACAGAGUGGUGGAUCAAGUUAGUGGACGAGGCGGAGCUUGAGGACAUGCGCAACUCGCACAAACUCAUCUUAUUGUUCGACAUAUUACGGCAAUGCGAAACCAUCGGCGACAAACUGUUGGUUUUCUCCCAGUCGUUAUAUUCACUAGACCUCAUAGAACACUUCCUGGGUAAGGUGGAUGAGGCUACGCAAGAAGGUCGAAUCGAUGAGAAAUUAGGAGGGCAUGUUGGAUCAUGGUCGCCUGGAGUCGACUACUUCAGACUGGACGGUUCCACGUCGUGUGAGAACAGAUCUAUUUGGUGCAAGAACUUUAAUAGGGAAGAUAAUCCGAGAGCAAGGUUGUUCCUGAUAUCGACGCGUGCUGGUGGUUUGGGUAUCAACCUGGUCGCUGCCAACCGCGUGGUCAUAUUUGACGUAUCAUGGAACCCGUCCCACGACGUGCAAAGUAUAUUCAGAGUUUAUCGUUUCGGACAGAAGAAACCCUGCUACGUAUACAGGUUUUUAGCUAUGGGUACGAUGGAAGAGAAGAUCUACGAGCGGCAAGUGACGAAGCAGGCCAUCUCGAAGCGCGUGAUCGACGAGCAGCAGAUCGACCGGCACUACGCGGAGAACGACCUCGCCGAGCUGUACAAGUUCGAGGCCCAGCCCGCCGAGCCGCGGCCGCUGCCCACGCUGCCCAAGGACCGCCUCUUCGCUGAGAUGCUCAAGGAGCACGAGGCCCAGAUCUACAAAUACCACGAGCACGAUUCUCUAUUAGAAAACAAAGAAGAAGAAACUCUAAGUGAGGAGGAACGCAAGGCAGCAUGGGAAGACUUCGAGAAUGAGAAAAACAAACCGCCGCCCGCACCUUUCCCCUCCGCCUGGCCUAUGCAUAACGGCAUGGUUCCGAGUCUGCUGGCGCAGCAACAGCAGCAGCUGGCGUACGCCGCGCUGGCCGCCAUGCUGCGCAAGGACAUGCCCAACAUCAACGACAACCAGAUACGGGACAUGCUGCCGCUUAUAUACAACUCCAACCCUGGCUUGAUGCAGAAGAUGGGUGAGAUAUACAAGUACGCGCAACCGGGAAUGAUGAAUCCUGGAAUGAUGAACCCGGUUAUGAAUGCUGGGAGCGGCGCGGCGGUGGGCGGCGCGAGCGGGCUGCAGUACGAGCCGCCCUGGCAGCGACAGCACCAGCAGCAGCAGCAGAUGCGACUGCAGCAGCUCAUGCAGCAGCAGAACCAAAUGGGUGCGAAGUUCUACGCGGGCGGUCUGGGCAGUCGCGACCCUAUCGCCAUGGCGCUGCAGCAGCAGCGGGCACGCGAGAUGCUCAUGGGCGGAGCGGGCGGGGGAGGGGGCGGCGCGAGCGCGGGAGGAUGUCGUCAAUCUCGACUCGGAUUAGGUACUAUGGAAUGGAAGGUGGACAGAGAUGUGUACAGUAAACGAUAA